ACCGCUGCCUUCCUCUGCUGGGCUCCAGAGUCGCUGAGGCCUGAGCGAGAGCCGACCGGGGCGGGCGCAACUGCUGCUAGAGCGCCGGCGCGUGCUGGUGGGCCACACUCUUCCUUCUCUUCACUUGCGAGUCCUUGGACAUGGUGGCCCCCGGCUCCGUGACCAGCCGGCUGGGCUCGGUGUUCCCCUUCCUGCUAGUCCUGGUGGAUCUGCAGUACGAAGGUGCCGAAUGUGGAGUAAAUGCAGAUGUUGAGAAACAUCUUGAAUUGGGCAAGAAAUUACUUGCAGCUGGACAGCUAGCUGAUGCUUUAUCUCAGUUUCAUGCUGCCGUAGAUGGUGACCCUGAUAACUAUAUUGCUUAUUAUCGGAGGGCUACUGUCUUUUUAGCUAUGGGUAAAUCAAAAGCUGCACUUCCUGAUUUAACUAAAGUGAUUCAAUUGAAGAUGGACUUCACUGCAGCAAGAUUACAGAGAGGUCACUUAUUACUCAAACAAGGAAAACUUGACGAAGCAGAAGAUGAUUUUAAAAAAGUGCUGAAAUCUAAUCCAAGUGAAAAUGAAGAAAAGGAAGCGCAGUCUCAACUUAUAAAAUCUGAUGAAAUGCAGCGUUUGCGUUCACAAGCACUUGAUGCUUUUGAAAGUGGAGAUUAUGCUGCUGCUAUAGCCUUCCUUGAUAAGAUUUUAGAGGUUUGUGUUUGGGAUGCAGAACUACGGGAACUUCGAGCUGAAUGUUUUAUAAAAGAAGGAGAACCUAGGAAAGCUAUAAGUGACUUAAAAGCUGCAUCAAAGUUGAAGAAUGAUAAUACUGAGGCGUUUUAUAAAAUAAGCACACUGUACUACCAGCUAGGAGACCACGAACUAUCCCUCAGUGAAGUUCGGGAAUGUCUUAAACUUGACCAGGAUCAUAAAAGGUGUUUUGCACACUAUAAACAAGUAAAGAAACUUAAUAAGCUGAUUGAGUCAGCUGAAGAGCUCAUCAGAGACGGCAGAUACACAGAUGCUACCAGCAAAUAUGAAUCUGUCAUGAAAACAGAGCCAAGCAUUGCUGAAUAUACAAUUCGUUCAAAGGAGAGGAUUUGCCAUUGCUUUUCUAAGGACGAGAAGCCUGUUGAAGCUAUUAGGGUUUGUUCUGAAGUUUUACAGAUGGAACCUGACAAUGUGAAUGCCCUGAAAGAUCGAGCAGAGGCCUAUUUGAUAGAGGAAAUGUAUGAUGAAGCGAUUCAGGAUUAUGAAACUGCUCAGGAACACAAUGAAAAUGAUCAGCAGAUUCGAGAAGGUCUAGAGAAAGCACAAAGAUUAUUGAAACAGUCGCAGAGACGAGAUUAUUAUAAAAUCUUGGGAGUAAAAAGAAAUGCCAAAAAGCAAGAAAUCAUUAAAGCAUACCGAAAAUUAGCACUGCAGUGGCACCCAGAUAACUUCCAGAAUGAAGAAGAAAAGAAAAAAGCUGAGAAAAAGUUCAUUGACAUAGCAGCUGCUAAAGAAGUCCUCUCUGAUCCAGAAAUGAGAAAGAAGUUUGACGACGGAGAAGAUCCCUUGGAUGCAGAGAGUCAGCAAGGAGGUGGCGGCAACCCCUUCCACAGAAGCUGGAACUCAUGGCAAGGGUUCAAUCCCUUCAGCUCAGGCGGACCAUUUCGAUUUAAAUUCCACUUCAAUUAAACCAACUGUUUUUCUGCUCUUCUUCCUUAAUUUUUUUAAAGAUUAAAAACAAAGAAAUCUUCCUCCGGGACCCUAAUGAAAAAAAAAUUCAAAUCUUUCAGUUUGUCCAUGACCAAAGAGUUGCUUUAAUAGGAAAAAAUGUGUUCUUAUCCCUGUUAGAUUUAUGGUUAAUGGGUUUGCAACGGCAGGGAGGCAAGGAAUGGUUCUAUUUCUGACAGAGCAGCCUGCAUCUGUUUUAUGCUGUCUGGAGGAAGUGGUCUGAGGCAGGCUCACCUGUGGACGUGCUCACGUAUUCUGUAUUUUUCUACACUGGAGCUGAGAUUCUUCUCUUCACAGCCUUGCAGAGUAAGUCAGUGCCCACAAAUGUAAGAAGGAGCUGAAAUCUUCAUGAGAAUGGUUAGUAUUCGUAAAGAGAACAUGAACGUUUUUGAGCUGUGCUUCGAUGUGAUCUAGUCACUUGUGAGUAGCUGUGAAAUCUUUAGUGUGCCUGUGUUUACACCUCUGUGGUCUGUCAACAUGGCUGUCACUGAAGAAGGAGCAAGAGACCAUCUUUUAGGAACCCUGCCACCAAAUGAUAAUAUAUCCAGGCUUAGACUUUGGAUUAAUGUUAAAUGUACAUUUUUUUUUUUUUGGUUCAGUACCUGAAGAAUACUGAAACUUGAAUCUAUAAAUUCCUAUGGACCCUUUUAAUAUUAAACACAACAAAUUAAAAGUUAUAGGUUCAGAUAAAAUAGUGGUGGUAUUUAAAAUAAUACUGCUGAAGUGCAGAUUGAAAUACUUUUAAACAACUGAAGUUCUGAGUUUUUAUAGAGAAUUUCAUGUAACAAGACUGGCUUAGAAACAUAAAGUUACACAGUCAAAUAAAUACAGAAUGCCAUGGUUCCCACUU